UUGAAGCCGAGGUCGAGUGAGUUUCUUCCGAAAAAACGAGUGAAAUAUAAUCAAAAAACCAGAAUAAAAAUUCCAAAAUUUUCUAGUGCCCCGAAUUUUUAAACUGUCAACCAGUGCUAUCUAUUGUUAUUAUAAUCCAAAAACAUGUGUAAUGGUGAAAUCUCCUUGUGAAUCUUGUAUUAAAAUUUAUGCACGCGUUACAAAGUGCUGGUGUUCCUCCUGAAAAACAGCUAUUCUUUCCAAACAUCAUUGAUUUUAAUAAUAUGGACUAUCGUCAAAAGAUGAUCGUCUCAACGAGUCAUAAAUACAAGAAGGAAGAUGAUGAUGAUGAUGAUCUGGAGGCACUUAGGCUCGCUGCCCUGAAAUCGAGGCGAAUCAAGCCUGUCCCUCAUGUCAAAGCCCAAGCAUUUCCCCAACAGCAUGUCAUUCACUCUGGACGUGCACAGUAUCCAUCUUACAAUCAGAGAUUUCCUAGGAGAGAGUAUUAUCAUCCCAACAGAUCUCCAAGACAAAAUGGGAAUUUUCAUCCUAGUCGAGUGAACCAGAAUCUAAUAGAGAUAAUUCCUGUCGAAGAGAGUCCAGUGUCAACAGCAUCUGAAUAUAAAACACCGCCUGACCCACUUUUAGCCGCAAAUGUAACAGAACCAUCGAAAUUCCAACGGUACACCGAUGACGUAAGUGGCUCGGACGAGGAAGACCUGAAAGAUCCGAAAAAUCCAGAUUCACAAGCCGAAACUCAAAAAACUGUUGUCGAUGAACCUGGAACAGACAAAGAAAACCAAAGCAAUGAAGCCAAUUUCUCUCAAGUUGAUGAGGAUUUGGACCUCCUGGAGGAGCCAGAAGAGAACGUAGAGAAUGAAAAGGACCAGGAGGACGACGAUGACAUUCUGCUGAUGGCAGAUCUCGAAGAGGAAGACAGUCUGGAGCGCCUGAUGGACGAGAUGGAUCGAGAGAUGAACUUGGAGAAGUCUCCAGUCGACAUUAAGGAGAAGAAGCCUUCGAAAAACGAGUCUAAGGAACCUCGAGUCUCUUUCAAGUCGGAGAUGAAAAAUCGUCCAGCCGAAAAGCCGAAUAAUUCACUAGAUACCUCCAAGAUUGAGACAAGAUCAGUGUCUUCUUAUUCCAGCAUUAAAACAACCACACAACGUUCCUUGUCACCAAAACAAAAGUUAAUAAGAAAAUCACCAAGAAGAUCUCCUCCAAGAUCGCUAAAAAAAUGCCAGAGGGAGCCCUCGAGGGUGAGAUCCCCCAGGAAGUCCCCUCCAAAGUACUCGCCACGUCCUCGAUCUCGAUCUCCCCGAAUUUCUCCUAGACGAUCCCCUAACAGAUCGCCAGUGCGUAGACUCUCACCACGAGGUCGAAGCCCACUCUCCAGGUCCCCAAAAUCUCGAAAAUCGCGAUCCCCAAAAAUCAUCUCACGUCCUCACUCUCCCAGAUUCCUAAACUGUCCUAGAUCACCACUCAGAAUAUCCCCAGAUCGCUCUCCACUUCCCAAAUCCCCCAAGCUUUCACCCCACCGGUUAUCACCAAACAGGAGAGCUUCACCGAGGAGAUCAAGGUCGAGAUCCCCGAGAAGGUCCCCCCUUAGGAAAGUAUCCCCCAGACUUUCUCCGAAAAGAUCUCCCUGGUCUUCUCCAAGAAAUUCUCCUAGACUUUCCCCUAGACGUCGAAGAUCUCCAAGAGAUCGAAAGAGACGGUCUCUCACCCCUGAAGACUCCUCACUCCACAGAAAAGAGAAUUCUCCAAUCAGAAAAAAUGUCCAGAGCCCACCGGAGGGCUCUAAGAAGAAGCCUAUAAAAGAGAUCAUUGAAGUAUCCAAUAAUUCUGUCCUGGAGGCGAGGAGAAGAAAGUUCGAGUCCACAAGACCCAUCGAUCCCAUAACCGCCAAUAAGAAGAUCAAAUUGAGUAAAAAAGAGGAGAUGAAGGAAACUGGAAAUGCUCAGGCGAAUUCACCGAAGAGAAAGACCAAGGAGAUGGCCGAGGAACACCAGGAGAUCCUUGACGAAGAGCUGUCUCUUCAUGAGGAUUAUGAUUUCGAUCUGGAGCCAGUGCUCAGUGACGAAUCAAAUUCUCCUGUACUCGUAGCUCCAUUAAAAGUGGAAAGGGGGAAAGUCAAGAAAAAGAAGAAAAAGGAUAAAGAGAUCUAUCAGGUGGGCAAGAUGAAGGAUGCUGUUCUCACUGGGCGGAUCAUCAAGGACAAGAAGUGCAAGAAGAAAAAGGAGAUGAGUCCUACCCUAGAAGAGGGUGAGGUGCUGGCUGUUGAGGGGGUGGUGGACGAGGAGGCGGAUUUGAGAACUGAGUUAAGCAGGAGGAGGGCGGAGAGAUUGAAUAGGACGGUACCCAUUCAGUCUGCCAGGCUACUGCAGUCUGCCUUUAAGGGAGUUGUUAAUGAAGUUGCUAAAAAUAAUGCCAAGGUCAUUCAGAGACAUCUGGGAAAAGUUAAUGACAAAUCGAGCCAAAAGGAAAUUCGACGAGUCACUGUAGUACACAGAACAGUCACAGAUCUAUCUGAUUCCGAAGAAACUUUAGAUUCAAAGAUGCCAGUAAGGUUCAGAUUGGGAACAAACAAUUCUCUGCAGGAAACACCAUCCAAAUCAUCGAGGAAAUCUUCUAAGCGACAGGGCCGUAAGGUACAGCAUAAAAACGUUUCUGUAAACGAUAUUGAUUGUCGAAAAUAACUCUCAUUACAUUCAUCAAUGAGAAUCUGUAUCACAGGUGAUUCAAAAUCUAGAAUAGCUAUUUUUCCUACUACAUUAACCUGCUCCUCUCAAUUUAUCGAAUCACAAUGCCUAGUGUUUCGCAAAAAAAAAGACAGUGAAGACCACAUUUUGAAACUAGAGCUCAUUAUUGACACGAACCCAUAUAUUCCAUCGGACGGGUCCCGGUGAGCUUAACAUGUUAAUAUGUUGUACUUAGAUUAUCGAAAGGCGAUUAAAUGCAAGAAAAUUUAAAUUUUAUACAAAUUAAGGACAAACUGCAACUGGCAUAAUAGCAUGACAUCCCUCAUCAAUUAACCCAUUACAUGUGAAAUCGUAUAAUAAAUAAUAAUUAUUUGGAAAUAACAAUACGUGCCUUUGAAUGCCAGCGAUCGGCAUUUCUCAAUUAUCCUGAGUGAUCACACCAUUGCAUGAAAAAAAUAUUAAUACUGCUCAGGACAUAAUGAAAUUAUCAUGUACAGACACAUUAUAUCAGUUGUAAAUUAAUUUGAAAAAUGAUCUUUCCUUCGUGGCAGUUGUGAUAUUUCAUCGCUCAUCCAUCAAAAUAAAUAAGACUAAAAUGUAAACCAAAAUAUCUACAGAAAUUUUAAUUAUUACGUAACUCGACGAAAACUAAUCAUAAAAUCAAGCUGAAAUCCAUUAAUUUCUAUUUUGUUAUCUAGGGGAAAAAGUUAAAUACACAUUGACCCGGUUGCAUAUUUGUGCGAAGCGAAAUACUCAGAGACAAACAGGAAACUCUAUUGAAAUUCAUUAAUGGUCUUAUUUAAUUUGGAUUUUAAAUAGCAUUCAAUUACAUUGCAUAGAAUUUAUUGGAUGGGGGAUGAGGGAUUCAUGAUGAGUGUUAUGGAUAAAUUUCAAGUUGAAACAAGUGGAAACAAUACAUAUGUAAUUAAAUCUAGGGAUUAAAAAUUGGUCUCAAUUAAUUAUUAAUUUCAUUAAUAUGGACAAUGUAUCUAAUUAUUUAUUAUUAUCCCCAUUAGAUUUUUUUCUGUGAAAUACUAUUACUCAGUAGUUCACUUACGUAUUAUACAACUGAACUGUAAAUAAUUGCCUCGUUGAUGCGAAAAAGGAAGAAAUAAAACUAAAUCAUUUGGUGAAACAAGAAUUCGAAGGAAAUUCCAGAGUAACUUUUUGUAAAACCCGAUGAGAGUACAGCGUUAGUAUGUAUUAUAUUGAUGUAUAUAGAUGUAUAUAUGUGUUAAAUAUUUUGUACCUGGUGAGAGAAAAUAGUGGUGGCUGAAGCAAAUCAGUAAUUAUGAUUGGUGAGACAAAAGCACAAUAUGUAUUACCGUGUCGUUCAGACGAUUUUUCGUUAAGAUUAUUUUACAAUAAUUAGACGUAAAACUAUAAUAAGCAGUGAAGGAUAAGAACUUCUCUUCUACUCCUUGGCCUUAUUUUAAUCUUACUCAACUUCAAUUUAAUCUAUAGCUGAUACAUAAGUUUCAAUUAAUUAAAUUCGAAACCUCUCAAGUUCCGGGCAUUGUGGAUUCAUUGUCCCCUCUAUGUUCUGUUAUUCAUACUGUCUCGAGUAUUAACUCAUUGACGAAAUAAUGAAAUUAUUUUCUGGGAAUAGACACCUCCAAUCGUGUACUUUCUUGAAAAUUAAAAAAAAAACUUAUGUUAUUCUGUGAUAAUUCAGUAGUUGACCAACAUUAAUUUUAAGUCACGAGUAAUUUCUUUUGGUUAAUUUACUGUCGAAACAAGUGGGAAUUUGGUGAUUGUCUCGUUAAAUUAAAAUAUAUAUACUCUAGUCGAUCGAUGGUAGAUGACUUUGAAAUUGUUAGUUCGAAUCGACUUGUGGAAACUAUGUGAAAACUUUUUUAUAUGUUAACAAUUCAUUUUAUACCUUGUAUGAUUUUUUUUUAAUGCAUCAGUUGGAUAACUCUAUUCGCUAAUGACACUACUAACAUCUUCAGAAACAUUAGCAAAUCAUUGCCAUUCGCCAGAAAAAUGAAAAAAUAAUCGAAUUUACAAAGUUUUAAUCGAAUUCUCGUUUUUCAGAAAAUAAAUAUUUUUCCAGAAAA